UGAAUACUUUUGACUCUGAUAGAGAGGGUCUUACAUUAUUUUUUUACAAGAUUAUGAGCCAUAAGGAGUUCAGAAACAGUCGGUAGCUCCAAGGGGGUACCUCAACAGGAACAUGUAAAGUUACCUAUGCACCUGCUCAGUUGCCUAAUGCGGAAGCAGAAUGGAGUCAGUCGUAAAUAUAUGUAGCAGAAUGAAGUGAAUUGAUCAUUGAAAAUAGGGGUGAAAAAACUCACAAUGGCGUGCUCUGAAGUUGGGACUGCGACAAAUAGCGAAGAGGAGCAGGAAGAACAAAAGCUUAUUGAUGUCAUGUUUCUCUGCGACGAAUGGAAAUCUUCUAAGGGUGGAUUAUCAACUUUCAAUCGAGAAUUUGCCAUUAAUUUGGCACAAGCGACGACUGGUAGCAUGAAAAUCCAUUGCUAUGUCUCCAAUAGCGAUGAUCGGGACAGAAAAGAUGCUAAACAACAUGGUGUUAAUUUAAUCACAGCUCGAAAUGUUCCUGGUUCAGCCGAUCCCCUCGAGUGCUUGAAGUUUCCACCCUCAGAGCUCCCAAACCCACAUCUGGUGAUAGGCCAUGGAAGAAAGCUGGGUAGUCCUGCGUAUUUCCUAGCACAGGUUACAAAAUGUAAAUGGAUACAAUAUGUCCAUGUCUACUGCGAAGACCUUGGAAAAUACAAGAAAACAACUAUGGCUGAAACAGAUACAAUAGAAGAGAACGAGAAGAAGCACAAGAUGGAAAUUGAGUUGUGUAAAGCAGCGGAUGCAGUUGUCGCUGUUGGCUCACGCCUGCAACAGUUGUACAGUAGAAGUCUUGUUAAUGUAAAAGUGGAGCUUAUUACUCCUGGGAUCUUUGAAAAUUUUUCCAAUAAAUUCCAGUUGGUGGUAGACAGAACAGUAGUUAAGAACUUUAAUGUGUUUAUGUUUGGCCGAGCAACCUUUGAGGAUCUUUCCCUGAAAGGCUACGAUAUAGUUGCAAAUGCCAUCGGUUCUCUUGGUAAGAAGUUCAAACUGACUUUUGUUGGUUCAUCUCCUGGUGAACACCAAAAAGUGGAAGAGUGGUUUCUUGACAACACAAGCAUCAACCGCAACCAACUAACCAUCCGUGGUUAUUGCAGCCAACAAGAGGAACUUAAGAUGAUGUUCUAUCAGUCGGAUUUGGUUUCUCUGCCUUCCCGUACUGAGGGCUUUGGGUUGGUGGCCCUGGAGGCCAUUUCUGCUGGUGUUCCUGUCCUUGUUUCUGCCGAAUCAGGAAUAGCAGAGGCUUUGUAUAAAGUAGAGGGUGGACAGUCUGUAGUUAUUGAAUCAGAUGAUGACAAUGCAACACAAUGGGUGCAAAGGAUUAAAGAAUUGUCCAAUCAAAGUCCAGAGGAGCGACAAACCAAUGCAAUGAAGCUUCGAGAGAACUACAGCAAGGUUUACUCUUGGAGUGGAGAAUGUGAGAGAUUUAAAGAAAUGAUCAAGAACAUAGUCAAAACUUCAAAUGAUGCAAAAUUAAAUAUCAAAGUUGACGUGGAAGACCUGAAAACUACAGAUCCAGACAUGCACAGCACAGCUUCAGAGCCUGCUCUAUGUCAGAAGGCAACAACAACAUCAGGAACAUGCAGGAAAAGAAGAUCUGAUACAGAAAUAGAUGAUCUCCCAGCACUUAAAGCAAAAGCCUUAUGUUUAAUUGCUAUAAACUAUCUUCAGACUACACCACCGCAGUCUAGAGAUGCGCAUAAUGAAUUUAAAGAAUACUUGAAAGAAAUGGAGAUUGUCUUCACAGGUGCUUCUGUGGGAAGCUUGGUGAUAAAAGUGGAGUGUCAUUCUCCUCAGAGCUUGGAGAAAUUGUGGAAAGAUUAUUCAAAUGGCUGUUUGGAAAAGGUGGUUCAGGAUUGUUUUGUCACUGAGAAGAUCUUGAAGGAACUGAACCUGACUGAGCUGAAGCUGAAAACAACAAUGGAUGAGGGAGAGUACAAUGCAUGCAGAGCACUUUUUAAAAAGGAUGCACACAGAGCCGUUCCUUCAUCUACAUUUUCCGCUACUAAUCCUGGAGAAGAAGCUGUAGCCCUUCAGCCCCAAUUGACAAGAUCCAUCACUGGAGGUUGGCAGAAACAAGAACAGCUUAAGAGAUGGGAGCAGGAGAUAGAGGCUGUGCAGCCAGAGAAAUCUAAAGGUACUCCGCACUCUGUUGCAUUGUACACCUCUGGUCCUGAAAGGAAACCAGAAGACCUUUUUGAAUCAAUGAAACUGCAAGAAGAAAGAGAAUAUCAGAUUUUGCCUGCUUGGGAAGAAAUCCCAUUAAGAGUCAAAGGAGACCGAAAAGCUGAGGAAGAAGAAGGUCUUGAUACAUUACUCACUUCGCACAUCAGAAAAGGAAAAUGGCGAGUGGUUUUGGAGUACUUGGAUGGGCUUCCUCGUUUUGAAAAUCCAUUUAGCAGCGUAGCUGGUGCACAAGAUGAUGAGGGAAUUGGCCUUCCAUUGUGUUACAGUUCGCAGUCAGGCAUAUUGACUUGGUGGCCAACUGACGAAGACCGUGAUUUGGUCAUACUCUGUAAGGCAAUCUCCCAGUCCUCUCCUCCCUUGAAAAUAACAAAAUUAAUCCUCUCCGAGAGUCCGAUAACAGAUGAAGGUGUGGAGAACUUAUCCGUAGCUCUCAGUCGCAGUGAUCUAAACAGCUUGACCCUCUCUUUCAGUAGUUUAUCGCAACAAGGAAUCAAGCACUUGUCCAAGGCGAUAGCGUAUAGAAAUUGCAAGAAAUUAACCAGUUUAAAUGUCAGUGGCAAUCACUUUGGGGAUAAGGGAAUCACGCACAUUUGUGAAACGCUAACCAGCAUUAACUGCGAGUUAACCAGGCUGGAUUUGUGUGUCAAUUCUCUUGGAAAUGAAGGGAUGAAACUCUUGUCUGAAGCAAUAACCUCGGGUAAUUGCAAAUUAACGUUGUUAGAUGUUAGUGGUAAUAACAUAGGAAACGAAGGAAUGAAGCACUUGUGUAAAGCACUCACCAGCAGUGCAUCCAAGUUGUCUGGCCUAAACGUCAGACAUAAUCGUGUUGACGAUAAAGGAAUAAGUCACUUGUGUAAUGCACUGACUGAUACCAACUGCAAACUAGGCAUUUUAGACCUUAGAGGCAAUUCAAGCAUAACUGUUCAAGGAAGGAAGUAUUUGUGUCAUGCUUUGACCGGCAGUGACUGGAAAAUGGAAGGCCUUAAGCUUUUCCGUUCAUCUACAAAGUGAGGAAUCUGCUUAGAACUGAGCCCAGUUGCAUUUCGCUCGUCUUGUAAGAUGUUUUACUCUCAGGAGAGAUGUUCUAGUUCUCAUCAGAGUGACAUAGAUACGGAAUCGUCCAAUUGUUUGUCUUACUAUUUUGACUUUGCAGUGACUUUGUUUAUCGAAAGGAAUGGUUUUAUCGACUGGCUUCGUGGCAGUCAAAACGUAGCGAACAGCAAUUGUUACAGUCUCCUUCGUAGCCAUUCGUCGGGAUGUCUUGUAAGGUUCCUCUCAUUCCAAAGAACGGCUGCACCGGAGAUUACGAUCGUUAGUGAAUUUAGACCAUCAGAAAAACCAUUAAUUGUCCAUUUAAUCAGAUACAGUCCAUUUUUUGCUAGAUGGAAAUAGAGCACAUUACGAUUAAGUGUCGUAAUAACAACACCAAAGUAAUUACAACAACCAAACUGAACAAAGGAAAAUAUCGAUGAAGUCAAAGCAAAAAACAGUCAGGCAAAUUACUGUUACUGAAGCGCGGGAAAACGCGAGUGGCGAAGACGCGAUUGGCUUUAGUUUUGAAUCUGACUGGUUGAUAAAUUUAUAUGAGUUUUUUGAAACAAUCGCGCAGAGAACUUUAAAAAACGAGGUAACCCUGGAUUGUUUUCGAUACUCAGUUGAGUAUUCCUUUAUGAAUACAAUAGCGUGAAGGGAAUAUUUUGAACCACAGAUCCUGAUCCCCGUCAGGGAACUUCCAACAGUGCUUUCCUCCACUUUAUAUUAAACGCGUGCUCUUCAAUCCUCAUUUGCAACAAAAGUGUACAAAAUUAUAGGCUGUUAGUUUGUUAUUUAAAAAUUA